AUGAGUAGACCAGAAAUCGCCACUGAUCUUAUGACAAAUUUCGCAAAUAUUCUCCCAAAAAUGAACGAAAGCUCAUUGUCCUUGUUUGAUUACCCAUUUGAUAUAUCAGAGCACCAUACGAAUCAAAGUACAGGUCACAACCAAGACUCCCAAGAUUUAGCAACUAUACUUCAGCAAUUGUUUACCAAAAUGUCCGAUAAUCAUUCGAUAUUUCAUACGUCGUCAAGUUCAAGAUUAUCACCAGCGACUGGUCUUCUCUCCCUCUCAUCAUCAUCGUCGUUACCUGUUUCAUCGAACCAUGUAAAUACGUCUUAUCUACUUGCCAAAAUAUCCCUUUGGUUUGUGUUGAUUGUUAACCCGAUUGUGAUCAUAUUUGGUGUGAUUGGAAACCUUCUUGCAACCUACAUUUUAAUCAAAGGAAAUAUUGCUAAACUUCCUGUUUCAUUUUAUACAGUUAUGCUCAAUAUCUCGGACACAUUAAAUUUAUUAUUACCUGUCUUUAUCUUUUGGCUCGAUAAUUGUUUUAAUCGUACACCUGAACGUGGUUACUUUCGAGAUAAAUCCAAUUUUCUCUGCAAAGCAUUAAUGUGCCCUGAUCAACUAUUCGCUGCACUUAGUGCUUGGUAUAUGUGCGCGAUUUCAUUCAAUCGUUGGCAUUCAGUCUGUCGACCGUCGUCGUACUUUUUCCGAACAACAACACCGACAACAAUAUCGAAUAUGAAAAAUACUUUUCCUCCAAAGAAUCAGUCCUCCUGUGGAUCAUCGUUCGUUUCGAUGUUAACACAACGUAUUUCUUUCGAUUACUGUUUUUCACUAAAACGCAGUCGAAAAUACCGUCAACAUUUACAAGCAUUUCGUCGUAUUGGUAUUAUAACAUUAAUAGGCAUAUUAUCCUGUCUUUAUCCGAUAUUUAUGCAUGAACUUCGGCCUAUGAUAUCAACCAACGGACAUGUUGUCGAUUUCACACAUAAAAUUACUCGUACAUAUGCUGUUGUAUGGAAACGUUGUUAUUAUAGUCAAAAACACGAAUAUGUGUAUGAUAUUAUUGGAAUAAUCUUAUCAAGUUUCUUACAUAUUUUACCAUUAACAUCUGUUGCCGUUAUGAAUGUCAUGAUUAUUGUUCGACUAAAAAAGCGUCGACGUUUAAUGGCGAGUACAUCGAACUCUCUUCGUUCGACAAUGUCAAAUACGAAACAAUCAAGUUCGUUGAAAGAUCUAAGAAAAUGUAUUACACAUAAAGUUCAAUCAUCGACGUAUAAAAACAGUCAACCAGUUCGCACAUCGCAGUCGUUCGCACAGCAUCCAUUGUCUAGGCAAACAGAUCAGGGAACAUCAACAGAUUUAUCGUUCCAGACGGUCUUACUCAAACAGAGCAAAGCUAAUGUUAAUUCGAGAUUCUCUACACCCAGUCGACAUCAAGCACGUGAUCGUAACAUAACAAUCAUGCUCGUUAGUGUUGCAUUAUCGUACCUGGUUUUGACAUUACCUUAUCGACUGUUUUGGUCGUAUAAUGUUUACAUAAAACGAAUGCAUCCGCAAAAACUCAACUCAUCGACUUAUUUACUAAAAAUGCAUCACAUUGAUCACGUACUUCGAACGAUACGUAAUAUCCAUUAUGGCACAAACUUCAUCUUUUUCAUAUUUCUUUCAAAGCCAUUUCGGCAAAAAUUGAAAGAGGUAAUCAUGGAAAAAUUUUUCCACCAAGCACGAGUGAAUCUCGACAAGGAUGAGAACACAUACACGUUCAAUUACACUGUACGUUAUACUCCUCCACAAGAAUGUCCUGUGAAAUUAGAAAAUAUCGUUCGGGUAAACGAAUAUCUUGCCAAGACAAGUUGUAAUGAAACACCUAGUCUUAUUGACGAUGCUCGAAUGCAAGAAGAUGCGCUCUAUUCGAUUGUUAAACUCGAACACGAUGAUUCGUUUGUUGAUCUGAAGUGA